CAUUUUUUUUUUUUAAAAAAAAAAAAUCUCAUAAUGAUAGUUACAGUGUGGUUGGAGCUCCGUCCGACUUUCAUUUUCCACGGCAACAAACAGAAACACUCUGUAAUGUCUUACCAUAACGCUCUCCUCAUUUCCUCUAUUCCCAAACUUGUCCUCACCAAUUGUAAUGAUAAUAAAAAAUACCCUAACCCUAAAAGUAAUAACCCACCUCCGGCCUUCCUCGGAGUUGCAGCUGCCUCCGCUUCACUCUUCUUUACCCUAACAAUUGGUGUUUCUCGCUCCUCGCUAGCUGCACCAGUUUCCACUCCUAUUGCAAAAAUUGCACCAAUUCAAGAAGAUGACUGUAAUGAUGUUGAUGAUGAUGAUGCAUUUGAAAAUUGGAAGUCAAAAACAUUUGCUUUGUCAGUUCCUCUUAGAAUUGUGGCCCUUCGUGGUUCUAUACCUCCUUCUUGGAUCAAGGAUUUCAUGCAAUCUCAAGGAAAAAGAUUAAGGCUCCGAUCAAAAUUGGUUGGAGGUCUUGACAAUAUCUUUUCUGAUUUAUCAAUGUCAUUUAGUAACAACAACAUCAAACGUAAAGUUAAUAUUGGUUCUUCAUCUGUUGCGGCUGCUGAUAUCGUUAGCAUUGGCGACUCCUGGCUUAGUUUUGCCAUCCAGAAGGCCUUAAUCGAGCCCAUAAGAGGUGUAGAAGACCAGGAUUGGUUUAAAGGCUUGAGUGACAAAUGGAAGGUAUACCUACGCAGGAACUGUGAGGGCAGCAUAGAUCCCAAUGGUGAAAUUUGGGGUGCUCCAUAUCGAUGGGGAAGUAUGGUAAUAGCCUACAAGAAAAGCAAGUUUCAGAAGAAUAAAUUGGCUCCAAUAGAGGAUUGGGCAGAUUUAUGGCGGCCUGACCUGAAAGGGAGGAUUUCUAUGAUAGACUCGCCUAGGGAGGUUGUUGGUGCAGUUCUGAAGUAUAUGGGAGCAUCAUACAACGCAAAGGACAUUGAAUUGGAAGUUCAUGGAGGGAAGAGCGCAGUUCAAGAAAAUCUCGCAUUAUUCGGAAAACAGGUUCGGUUGUUUGACAGCAUGCACUAUUUGAAAGCAUUUGGAGUGGGAGAUGUAUGGGUGGCUGUUGGAUGGAGUAGUGAUGUCCUUCCUGUUGCCAAGCGCAUGUCUAAUAUUGCAGUUGUAGUCCCCAAGUCUGGAUCUAGCUUAUGGGCUGAUCUCUGGGCAAUCCCUGCUGCCUCUAGACUGGCAACAAACCGAAUUGGAGGGCGAGUCAGAGGACCAUCUCCAUUAAUCCACCAAUGGAUAGAAUUCUGCUUGCAAGCUGCAAGAGCAAUGCCAUUCAAGCAGGAGGUAAUCCCUGGUGCAAGUCCAUCUGCCCUUGAAAGCACUCCUGUUGAAGUCCCUGAAGAACUCACCCGGGGUAAACCAAGACUGGACACAAACCUUAUUGCAGGAGUACCUCCACCUGAAAUUUUGUCUAGGUGCGAGUUCCUGGAGCCAUUAUCGGAUGCUCAAUUGUUAGAUUAUAAGUGGCUGAUUGCCAGUAUGCAGCAGCCUGGUCCUAAUCUGAUCCAUAGAAUACACCCAUAUAUCUCUUCUUUGGUCCGAUCUGUUGGGCGAAAGUCAGAUUCCAAGGUAAUCUAAACUGGCAAAAAAACACAUUACAUUAGACAGAUCCAUCUGAGGCCAUUGAAGCAACUUCCAGAACGCUGAGAUGAAGUUUAGAAGGUCAGAUUCAUAUUCUUAGCAUAUCUUCAUAUCAAAGCCAUUAACAUCAGCGAAAGAAAGAUUGCUUCAAUAUUUAGUUAAACUUACUGAUAUUGUCCAUGCUCUUGUAUAUUCAAGUUGACACGGAAGUUAUUGUCUGUUUGUUGUAAUGUGCCUGCCUGAAGACAUGCAUAUGAACCUAUAUAGCCAAUUACUGAAAGCCCCAUGAGUGUGGCUCAAUAUACACAUGAAAUUUGUAUUUGCAAAAUGUGUCUUAGAAUAUCUGAUCAUGUUCAUGCAUUCUUCUGGACAUAUAUGUAUUGACUUCAUCUGGUUUGAUAUAUAGUGUGCUGCGACAUAAACGUGAAUGCUCUAA